AUGCCAUUGCGAUCCGGCCUCCAAAUCAACACACCAACCCACUCGAUUUCUGAUUCCGACGAAUCUGAAGCCAGCUACAAAGCACCCAAGAACCGUAAACGACGUCCUGCGAAACAAACCACCACGAAACGUGCUCCACGAAAAAAGAAAAAUCAAACUCUUCAAACUGAUGGCAAUAAUGAAGACAAUCAAGCAAACCUUGCACUGCCUGAAUUUGAAGCUGAUGAAUCAUCUAGCCAUCAAGUUCCCAACUUAACAAACUAUCAACAGCUGGGAGUUGAGUGGGGCUUGGCUCGUGCAGAAAAAUACCUCGCUGACUCGAACUUCAAAAACCAACGAGUUCAAAAAGCCGAUUAUUUGAAGCCCAAUGUCUUCAAUCACAAUACAAUCUUGACAAAACAAUGCUAUGCAUUGUCCUCAAAUGUAGCCGCCGAGUACUGGAUGAAGCUCUGUGGGUCCUCCCAAAACAAUGUAUCAUAA